UAAGAACAACAGCAUAAAAUAAAAACUUACAAAACUUGAAUGUCACGAAGAAUGAAAAUGUUGCAAGUGCCGGCAGCAACAUUUUUAUUGCUGCUGCUGUUAGCGGCGACGGCAAACGCAACGGCAACAGCAGCGGCUGACAGUGACACAACAGCCAGCAGCAUCGCAGAGCGGCAAAUUGAUGGCAGUUUGAAGAAUGCCAAGCUGAUUGAGAGCAAAGUGCUGCCCGAUUUGGCUGGGCUGCAGUCCAAUCAGGAAGAUGACAAGUGGCAGCACAUUUACCGGUUUAUCAACGAUGGCUUUCCUGUUUUGGAACUCUACGGCUACAAGACAAAGACAGACACACCUUUUACAUUGAUAAUACCCAAAAUCGAUGUGCGCAGCAUUGAGAAGCCGCGCUUGAAGGAAUUCAUGUUGGAGCAUUUGGUGCCGGGCAAAGUCUUUGAUAGCUACAAUGCCCUUGCCAAUGGCAGAGAGGAGGAGGAGUCAUAUGGUAAUGGCAACGGACAUAAAAUCGUUUUUCGCAAAUUGGAAAAGUCCCAUAACAAUGUUUGGCUACUCAACGGACAGCAAAUACUCUACAAACUGCGUAUCAAUGAGCAAUUGAUGGUCAUUGGAAUUGAUGGCUAUUUGGGUGAUAGAAAAUCACCCUACUCCAAGCGCAACAUACAGGAAACGAACAACCGCUACAAUGACCCACAGCCGCUGGAAGAGCCAAACAUUACGAAUGCACAUGCCAAAGUGGAGCCCAUUAUUAAGGAAUCAAAGGCGAGUCCAUUGAUGUCAUUUCUGGCCAACAUGAAAACAGGCACAAAAGUGUUCCAGCACUUUCUAUCGAAAUCCAAUCUGACACGCAUUAUGGAUGAUAAUGCCUAUACGGUGCUUAUACCAUCGGACAAUGCCUUUCAGCGCUGGCAUCCCAUCGAUUGGGGCUUCUAUCCAUUCAGUGUGCCGGAGUUCACAGAGAGCGUAUUGCGUAAUCAUUUCCUGCCCAUGCAGCGGCCCCUACGCCUCUCCGACGUCAAGAACAUGGACCAAAUGGUCGUCCAUACAAUGGGUGGCGAGAAUGUCGUCUUCCAUGGCCAGCCCACGCCCACUGUGAAUAAUGUGAGCAUUAUGUCAGAUUAUACGCUAUCCAAUGGCAAUCAGGUGUUCAUUAUAUCCGAGGUGUUAUUUGUCUCCGAGGCUGUGGUUUCCAAAUUGCAUCAGAUGCACAAGGAUAAGGAGACACCACCGCUGUUGGCAUUCCCGUGGUUCGGCGCACAAUUUCUAUCGCACUCGUUUCUGGCCUUGGAACGUGAUUCGAGAUUCACGCAAAUUACAAGAUAUCUGAACAAUGCGGAAAUAGCGCCCCAUAUUUCCGGCGCAAAUUAUACGUUCUUCGUGCCUGAGGACAAAGCUUUCGAGAAAAUAGGAUUCGACAGACUCUCCGAUGAUGUUAUGGCCUCGCAGCGCGGUAUUAAGAUGUUACUAAACCACUUUGUGCGCGGACGUCUGUACAAUCGGGACUUGAGGGAUAAUGAGGUCUUCGAGACGAUUGGCGGUGGCCAUUUGAAGAUCACACGCAAUCCGGGCAGCAAUUAUACGAGCGUGAACAAUGCACAGAUUACGGAAAGCGAGGUGUUUGUCUACAAUCUGGGCACCAUGUACUACAUAGACGACAUACUCUAUUCGCAUAUGCUGCGCGAUCAUAUUACCAAAUCGACCAAAACGAGAUCGGAUCGAAAUGGCGGCGAGGCCGGCGGCGGCGGCGGAGGAUCACGGAGCACCAUACGACCCAGCGAUGUGGAGAUUGUGCCCAACGAAUUCGAGAGCGAGCACAAUGGCGGCGACUAUGCCAUCCAUGGCGACGACGAAGACUUUGAGGAUGAGAUUAUAACGCCAAAAGCGUUGCCCGUCCAAAUCUACGAAUUACCCAAAUAGAUUGAGUUCGAUUUGGAUCGAGUGCUGCGCUAAUUUGAAACAUAUAUAUACAUACAUAUAUCAUUUGAUCUGAGUGGGAUUUUUUGCUAUAACAUAUAUAUAUAUUUAUGUGGGUGUGUCGACGCACUGCGAGCGUUUUUGUAUAGUUCUCAGCUAAUUUUUUGUAACGUAUUUUUUGUGUCUAGUUAGUUUUUAGUUUUGUCUGUGUAAAUUUUAAGUUUAGCAUUGAAAACGAGGCGGUGAAACGAAGUAUACUACAACAGAAAUAAUAAAAGAAACAAGAAUGGCCACAACUAUAUAUAUAUAUAUACACUAUAUAUAUAUACCUAAUCCUAGAGAACUUGUCAGCAACUCCAAUGAAGCUUGUAGAACUACGUAGCGACAAAUUGCAAAACUAAACAAAAAAUACGAAAACUUAGAAACGGAAUUUAAACAAAAAUUAUUACAAAAUA